UUUAAUUGUUAAACUGUUUUCAAGGGUUGAAUUCAAAUGCGAGAAAUUCGCGCGCAACUUUCAAACGUCAGAGUUAGUUCGAAGGGAUUCUAGAAGAGAGCUUCCAACGGACCGCGGAGCAAUUCAGCCACCAGUUGCGGACUUCGCGGCCGCGAAAACGGAUCGGUGGAUUUUUAGAUUGCAAAAAUCCAGUUUUAAAGAAAGAAUAAAGAAAAAUCACGUUUUAAAUGAUAUAAAAAAAAUAAUAAUAAUAAAAUAUAAAUAAUAAAAGAAGAAAAGUGAAGAAAAGUUUUCGAUCGUUAUGAGGAUAAAUAAUAGAAGAAAUUUGUCGAAGGAUCCGAUUAAACGUUCGUGUUUAUUCGCGAGAAUUCGGCCUUUUUGUUCGUUUUUACAAGAUCUUGAUCGGUAAAGUUCGAUAGUUUCGUAAGUAAUUAAAACAACAAUAAAUUAAUAAACGACAACAUCUUUAUCGUCGAUUAUUCGGAAUUGAAUCCAACGAUCAUGUUACGAAUAAGAAGCAGCAAUAGAAUUUGAAAAGACGUCUCGAAGAUCGUCAUCGGAAUCUCUUAGAAAAUAAGGUUAUUUGGAUUGAAGCCAGAUUUUUUUCGGAAGAAAGACACUUCGUUCAGACGACAUGGAGGAAGAAGAAAAUCCCACUGGUACAACGACCGACGAGAGCGGAGUCGAACAACUUCAAAUACUUCGUGAUAAAUACGAAGGAAAGUUGACCACUUCUCUUUAUACGGGAACGCUCUUUGUUGCCUCGGUAGCUUCGAUUUUAGCCCUUGGUGCCAUUUGUUUAACGAGCUCUGAGGAUUUCUCUCGUAUUGUAUUACCAAUAUCAACAUUAUCAGUGAUGCUAGUUUCAUCGUUGACUCUAUUGGUCGUCUCACAAUUACCUUCUACGUUAACAUCAGCAAGAACAAGAUUCCUCGUGGGACAACUAUCAUCUGUGAUCCUUGGAUUUGGUAUCCUGAUACUUGGUGGUGCUAUUCCAAUGUUUGCUUGCAUCCUUUCGAUUACAGCAGCCUUACCAAGGAUUAAAAGGCUCAGACCAACUAUCGGUCCUUUUAUCCUUGCUAUCAUGCACGUGGGACAGAGAUUUAUCUUGGAAAAGGAAUUGGUCGAUAACAAAAUAAGUCAAAUAAUAAGCGAGGCUAUAUUGAUGUUCACUGCGAUCCUGGCAGGACUUUACUACAGGAUUCUUACAGCAACGGCACAUCAAAGGACCUUCGCUGGUACGAGAACGGUGAUCGAGUCUCGGAUAAAAUUAGAAUGCGAAAGAGAACAGCAAGAACAAUUAUUGCUAAGCGUUAUUCCGGCCUACAUAGCAGCAGAGGUUAAAAGGAGUAUAAUGUUGAAAAUGGCGGACGCUUGUCAGGAAGCUAACAAGCACAAACAGACCAGGUUUCAUGAGAUGUACGUGCAACGACAUAACAAUGUCAGCAUUCUUUAUGCGGACAUCGUUAACUUCACGCCCCUUUCCGAGCAGCUUUCGGCAUCCGAUUUAGUGAAAACUUUGAACGAGCUUUUUGGCAGAUUCGAUCAAAUCGCUCAGGACAAUCAAUGCAUGAGAAUCAAGAUAUUAGGAGACUGUUAUUACUGUGUCUCAGGAUUGCCAGUUUCCCGACCUAAUCACGCAUAUAAUUGCGUCAAUAUGGGCCUGCAAAUGAUAGAUGCUAUUAGAUUUGUACGAGAAGCAACUGGAUUUAACGUGGAUAUGAGAAUAGGAAUUCACACGGGAAACGUUUUAUGCGGUGUCCUAGGUCUUCGCAAAUGGCAAUUCGAUGUUUGGAGCGAUGACGUUACUCUUGCUAAUCAUAUGGAGAGUGGUGGUCUUCCUGGGAGGGUCCACAUAACAAAAGCCACCCUUCUUCAACUUGGUGAUCGUUUCGAGGUCGAGCCAGGGGAUGGUGGAUCGCGUGAGACUUAUCUGGCUCAGCACAAAGUAGAAACCUUUCUUAUAGUGCCACCUAAGAAAAACAACGAAGAAAAUGGACUAGAAAAUGGUGGCAAUAGUAUUCGAGGACCUGGCCCUAUUCCUACGAGAUCGAGACCUAGCAGUAAAAUGACUAAAUACGUGGAAUGCUGGGGUGCUGAUAAACCUUUCGCAAAUAUCGCUGAAGCAACUUUAGCAAAAAAUAUCGGAUUGACUAGCAUCGCCAUGAUCGAGUCUAAUCUUUUAGCAAACAAUACCAAUUGUCUUGACGUCAAGCAAUGGUGUGGUGGUAGCGAGGACAUAUUACCUUUCACCUAUUGGUUCAAGGAUAAGCAUCAAGAACUUCAAUAUAGAGAACAAAAAGAUGAACAAUAUCCUUGGUAUCUUAUCGCAUCCAACAUCGUUUACACAACUAUGUUUUGCAUUCAAGUAGUUUAUUUACCAAGGAGCGUGACCGUUUAUGGAUGUUUCGCAGCUGGUUUGGUUUCCUUAUCGAUAAUCGCUGGAAUAUCUUGGUUUGCUGGAAAAGCGAGAUGCGAGAACGAAUUGGACACACCAGGACAAGUGGCACUUUGUCGUGGAAUGAGAAUGACUGUUUAUUUUAUCACGGCAUCUUUGGCAACUGCUUCCUCCGUGAUCAGUUUAAUCGAUAUCGAUUAUAAAUCUUAUCAAGAUGCACCGUUGUAUGUAUACUCGGCAACAAUCGCAUUAGUCGUCAGUUGGACUCAUCUACGAGUAGGCUUUUUGUUAAAAUUCAUAGUGAUGAUAAUAUCAAUUAUCAUGAUAUUGCUAAUUUUAUCACAGGCACCGAUCAUAGAGCUUUAUUACGUAAACCACAGAUUGUUUACCGAAUUUCAAGGGCUUAAUUAUUUGCUGGAAAUAGGAUACUUAUUGUUAUUGGUCGCAUUUGUACUUCAUGUCUUAGACAGACAAGUUGAAUACACUUCAAGAACAGAUUUUAUUUGGAAGAGUAAGCUCAAAGUCGAGCAAGAUGAUGUUGAGACUAUGAGAGGGAUUAAUAAAAUUCUUUUAGAGAAUAUCCUUCCUGCGCAUGUGGCUGAUCAUUUUCUAGCUACUAGAACAACACAGGAUCUCUAUCAUGAAAGAUACAGCAGUAUAGCGGUAAUGUUCGCUUCUAUACCAAAUUACAAGGAAUUUUACGACGAGACUGAUAUAAAUAAACAAGGUCUUGAAUGUCUGAGGCUUCUCAACGAAAUUAUUUGCGAUUUUGACAUGCUAUUGCUGAAACCCAAAUAUUCGGGUAUUGAGAAAAUCAAAACUAUUGGAAGCACUUACAUGUUGGCAUCUGGCUUGAGUCCUGGAAAAGAGAACACUGAAACCAAGGAUCCCUUGCAACAACAAGAUCAUAACGUGAUCGUACUCGUUGAGUUUGCUAUUGCAUUGAUGACAAUUCUCGAUCAGAUAAAUAGGGAAUCUUUUCAAAGAUUUAAAUUGAGAAUGGGUCUCAACCAUGGUCCGGUGAUAGCAGGUGUAGUAGGAGCACAGAAACCACAAUACGAUAUUUGGGGCAAUACGGUGAAUGUUGCAUCAAGAAUGGACAGUUGUGGAGAAAUGGGAAAGCUUCAAGUUACCGAGGAUACCGCAAAGAUAUUAAUUGCAGCAGGAUAUGAAUUAGUUUGUCGUGGGCCAACCUUUGUAAAAGGCAAGGGAACGUUAACGACGUAUUUCGUCAAGACUCCAUUCGAUGAUAAAGAGGAUAAUUAUUAAUCCUCUAUACCUGAUUUCUAUGCACGAUCACUCGAGAUCAACUCAAUGAGAACAAAUUGAUUGUCUCGUUGAUUGUUAUUUGAAAAAAAAAGAGAAAAAAAAAAGAAAAACUUAAACUUUAUUCUAGCUGGAAAUGUUUUAAUCGUUGAAGGAAAAUGAAAAAAAAAAAGAAAA